AUGACGAAGAAAAAGAGCCUGGAAGAGUUCGUUGAAGAGUGCCGUAAGGUGCACGACGACAAAUACAAUUACUCGAUCACAAACUAUACCAGAUGGGACUGCAAAAUUGAGUAUACCUGCCCAAUUCAUGGUGUACAGAGUCAAAGAGCUGACAAUCAUAGACGCGGGAUGGGUUGCAAACUGUGUGGCAGAGAGAGAAUCAGAAAGACUUUCGCUCUCACUACGGAAAAGUUCAUCGAAACUUGUAAGAAGAAACAUAAUAACCGGUACAGUUAUCCCGAUACUGUAUACGUUAAUUACGAAAGUGCAGUGAAAAUCGAGUGUGCGCGGCAUGGCGAGUUCGUUCAAAAAGCUGGCUGUCAUCUUAUCGGUAGCGGGUGCCAAAAAUGUGCUGUCUUUAAUAAAUCCUCGGGCCCUGCCUUAAAGCCUGCUGACUAUGAUGAGUUCGUCGGACUGUCUAUCACGGUACAUGGAGAUGUUUAUGACUAUUCCCAGGUCAAGUAUAAAAACCAUUAUGUUACUGUCGAUAUUGUAUGCAGAGACCACGGCCCUUUCAGAUGUACUCCUACUGUUCAUUUGAAGGGUAAAGGGUGUGCUACCUGUCAGAAUUUCGAUGCAUUUGUCCAGAAGGCAAAAUCAAUUCAUGGUGAUAAGUUUCAGUAUGACAAGUCAACUUACAUUAGGAGCAAAACAAAGAUGCGUAUACUUUGCCGGGAGCAUGGAGAAUUCUGGCAAAUCCCAGCAGACCAUGCUCGUGUUACUCGCAAAGGGGGUUUUUAUUGCCCUUCAUGUUCUUUAGAGAAUAAGCGCCUCACAAUCGAUGAAGUGAAGGAAAGAUCCAGAAAUAUUCACGGCCUGGCGUACAAGUUUGAUAAGCUCGUUCUGGGCAAGAGCCUAGAAGAAGAGGCAAUAUUCUAUUGCAUAAAAUGUGCCAAAUACUUUUCUCAAAAGCCCGUUAAUCAUCUUAAAGGCAGUGGCUGUUCGUGGUGCUGUGAAUCAAAGCAUGAGAAAAAAAUUAGAAAUUGGCUACAAACGAUGGAUUAUCAAUUUGAAUCGCAAAAGCGUUUUCCUGAUUUACGGUACGAAAAAUCGCUUAGGUGCGAUUUCUAUCUUGAACAGUUCAAUCUUAUCAUCGAGUUUGACGGGAUUCAGCACUUUGAGCCCGUGGAGGCCUGGGGAGGAUUUGAGGAGUUCCUCAGAGUGCAGGCCAGAGAUCGCGCGAAAGACGACUACUGCACAGAGAAGCGUAUCAACCUUCUCAGGAUGAAAGAUGGUCAGGACGUCAUCCAAGGAGUUCAAGACCUGAUCGAGCUGAUCAAAGCCAAUGAAACAGGACACGUCCUGCAUAUGAUUUAUGGCAAGCUAGCCACUUUCUAG